UUCUUACAAAAGAGCGAUCAAUCACUUUGCUUUUCGAUAAACAACGUCGACUGAGAUGGAUAAAAUCCAACGCUCCUUUUCAUUUAUUCGUAAGAUACUCACGUUAAGCUCGUUGUGAAAGUCACAUUCUUCGAUCUUCGAAAAUAAGAAGCUACUUAGAAGCGGCUCAGUAGAAUCUCAUUAUGAUGGUGUCGGAAAUGUGAACACUGAAUCAUGAAUUUAUGUGACACGAGAUAGAAAAUAUAACUGAAAGAGACAGAUGAAUAAGGAGACGAUAAAAUUUAUGGAAUGAAAGGUGAGAAAAGAAUGAAGGCAAAGAGAAAAGAAAAGGAGAAGAUAGAAGAGAUAUAAAUUCUCCAAAAAAAAAAAGAAAAAAAAACAAAAGAAAAAAUUAAAAAAAAAAUUAAAAAGAUUUAAGUAGUCGAAAGAUACGAACUCUCGUUUAAUUGAUCAUUAAAUUUUCUUUAAAUGUCAAACUUAAAUAUUAUUUUAAAUCUGUAAAAAUGUAAUUUAAUUGAAAUCCUUGAAUAUUCGUUUCUAUCGAUAUAUUCAAGAUUUCAUUCGCAAAUGUAGAAAUUAAUUAAUGAACUUAUGCGCAUAUACGUACACACCACACAGGGGGGGGGGGGGAGUAGUACGUGUGUAGAAAAGAAUAUGCACAGGAAGAGCCGACAACGGGACGAUAAAAUAUUUGGAAAAAAAAGGGGGAAAAGAAUAGAUAAAAAGGAUAUUAUAUAGCGGAGUUCUUUCCACCGCACAGUUUCAAUUACAUAUUCUUCUUUCGUAUAUUUCUUUUUUCUUUCUUUCUUUCUUUUCUCUCUCUUUCUCUCUCUCUCUCUCUCUCUCUCUCUCUCUCUCUCUUUCUCUCUUUUACGCAUACUUUUGUGCGAGUAGAAGGGAUGCCCGGAGCGAGCCAGAUUCGCUCGAAUUUUAAUCAGCCUCGGUCGGUCGGUUGUGUUCGGUUGGGUCCGAGUUUGCGUUCACGUGGUUAAAGGUCGACCCAUUCCCUUCCACGCGCUUAGAAGCUCCAGCAAAAAAUCUUAAUUAAUUAUUCGACGUUAUUGUCAACGUGAGAGUCGUCCGAAAGUUGAGCAGAAACGAAAGAGAAAAAGAGAGAGAGAGAGAGAGAGAGAGAUUGAGAGAGAGAGAAAAAGAAAAUACAUAGAGUGACGUAAUAUGCCUCUCACAUGAGCUCGUUUUGUUUUUUCUUCGUAUAAAUCUGCGUGAGAGAAAGAAAUAGUGAAUCUAGCAAGCGGUUGCUGCUUUGCUUUUGAUUUUCGCGCUAGUUUUCGUUAUUGAUCGAAGAGAGAAGAGCACAUUUUAUGCGGCGAAGAUCGACGGCAGACGAUCUAUCAAUGUCUCUGUGACAAGACUUUACUAAAUCGUUGACCCAUGUGAAUUCAUUGUACUAUCGGAGCAGGAUGCAAGGGCAACGGGAAGUGCAUGAGAGCGCGCAAAAAUGGAGUGCAAUUCGGUCGAAUCGAAUUGGUGCCUCGUGAGUUACGAUCGACGCUCCCGAAUUCCUCCAUCGUCGAAGAUACUCGCGAGCGUCAUCGAAGAAGACGAUGCACGGGAGCGUUGACGAUUAUCAAAGGUCCGGCUCAACCGGAUUAUCCACUUGAAAUUGCAGAGACAACCCUGAUGAAAGGGAUAGAAGACGUUGGAGAAGGACAAGUGUCUCGCAUAGAACUAGGAAGAAAGAUUUUCGUUUUUUUGAAGAGCAACCAGUCGAAAGCCGUCGUGGAAAGGCGAGCACCUGUCGGCGAAUGUGGUGGUGGUGGUGGUGGUGGGAGGAUGGAACACAAACAAACAAUUCUGCUGGCGCCGGCACUCAGCAACAGUAGUUGCUGGCGAGCCGGCAACUCCGAAGCGAUCUGGACCGGGCCAGGAUUCGGGGAAUUGUUACGAGCAACUCUGAUCUUGGUACUCAGCCUUGGUAUACUUUUUGCUAACCUACUCGUUAUUUGCGUCAUCAAUAGCAGGCGAUAUAGCAAAUACAUUCACGCACAGCCAAGAUAUCUGCUGACGAGUCUAGCGAGCAAUGACCUCGCCAUUGGUCUCCUGGUGACUCCCUUUGGCUUUUUACCGGCGGUUUACGGAUGCUGGCCUUACGGUGAAGUCGUCUGUCAAAUUCAGGCACUCCUCAGAGGCGCUCUGACCCAACAAAGUGCGGUCAUACUAGUCUGCAUGGCAAUCGACCGUUACGUAUGCAUGUUGCAUCCUCAUCGUUAUCACAGGCAUUCUUCUAAAAAGUAUUACAUGCGGCAGGGUUGUGUGGCAGUGAUGUCAACCACUUGGAUAGCAAGCCUGGCGAUUUUCGGCGCUUUGGUUCUCCCAAGGGGUGGCUACUACUUCAAUGGUUCUGGCCUUCUCGCCUGCGAUCCUUUCUUCGCUAGAGCCUCCCUUAGAAUUCUCGCAUGUUGCUGUUUCUACUUUCCAACGACAAUGGUGUUGAUGUACUGUUAUGGCUCGGCGUUCCACGUUAAUAAACUACGCUUGAAGAGGGUGGUCUGCGUUAACACGCCGGAGAUCGUUAGCGGUGGUCACAUAGAGAGGCUCGUCGCUCAUGAAAGAAGAUUGUCGACCACGGCGUCGCGAACAAUGGCCGCGAUGAGCUUAGGAUUCAUCGUAAUGGUCACGCCUUGGACGAUUCAGGAAGUCGUUGCAGCUUGCACCGGAAGCAAGCCUCCGCCGUUCCUUGACUUUCUUGCCACUUGGUUAGCACUUUCCAACAGUUUCUGGAAUCCAUUUCUUUACUGGUUGCUCAACAAUCACUUCCGACGAAUAUCGAGAGAAUUACUUUACACGAAGCUUCUUUGCAGAUCAAAGCCAUUGGGACCGAAACAGCAUUGUUGUGCUACUAGUACCGGUGGCCUUGACGUAUGCAGUAUCAGUGGAGUAGAUUUGUCGGGAUUGGAACGUUGUUCAAUGGAUCGAUGUUCCAUGGCGAGAUGUUCGUCCUCGUCUUUGGCCAACAAUCCAUCUCCACUUCCAUGGGAAACUGGACAUAUGAUACGGGGUGACGUUACGCCCACGUGAGGAAGGGAUGCCGCCACGCAAACAGACGAUCCUGGAUCACCGGAUCACAUCAGUUAGUAUCGCGUGGCGGCAGGAUUUCAACUGCUGAUCCAGGGACAAGAAAGACGAAGAAGAUUCUACGAUGGCGAAUAUUCUUCGAUCUGGCCGACGGUUUUUGUCCCAUCGUUAGGAGAGAGUUCCCAUCAAGACAGAUCUACUUCUACUUCUUCUUAUCACGAGAACAAUGGGACGAUCGAAAGCUCGAAGACUCGCCAACGUUUGCAACGAGAGAGACGCGUCAAAUACGCGAGCUUUCUCAGCUUACCCGAUCUUGUACCGGACGAAUUUUAGAAAUUACGGAAAACCAAACAAUUUUAUCAUAGAAACUAAAAUAUGUUCUUCUUAUUUUUGAACAAAGAAAAUGUAGGUCAGAAUUUAUCGGAUAAAAAAUAAUAUAUAUAUAUAUAUAUAUAUAUAUAUAUAUAUAUAUAUAUAUAUAUAUAUAUAUAUAUAUAUAUUCGAAGGAAAUUCUCGUUCUGUUUAUCUUCUUUUUUUUUUCUUUUUUUUUUCUCUUGCGAAAGAGGAAAAAACGUAGAAGAAGAUUUUAUGUCGGACGAAUGUUAGACGAGUCUUUCAUUUAUUCUUUCUUCUUCUUCUUCUCUUCUUCCUUUUUUUUUUCUUUUUUUUUUUCUUUUUUUUUCCUUUAAUUUUACAAAGGAGAACG